CCAGUGCCUACUCAUACUAAUGUAAAGCUUACUUGUAUUGUAAUUUAUAUGAUUGAAAGAUAAGAAAAUUGAAUGAAGACGCCUAUUACAUCAUUUUCAUUCAGUAGGGGAUCUUUGCAUAAGUACAUGAAAUUGUCCCUUAUGAUUUCAUUUUAACGCUUUAUUAAAUUCUUACUACAAAUAGUAUACUUUAACAGAUGACCGAAAUUCUUAGGACAAAACUGUUAAAUUCUUGUUUAUUAUAACAGAUCAUCAUAGUAUGCCUCAUAAUACAAAACAUUUAAUAUACACUGUGUUGUAAUGAAUCCAUAGGACUUCCAAGUCAUAUACCACACCCAUUGCUACUUCAGGUUCUCAACUCGCUGAUCUGUGGAUAGCUCGAGUGCUUCUACGGAUCUCCUCAUAUCUGAAUCGAUCACUUAAGAGAUACUCCGAGCUUAGACUUCACAGUAUCAUACAAUUUAAUUUGUUGUAACACAAUACAUCAAGAACAUGACGAGAUACAUGAAUAGGUAUAUUUUGCAUAUAGCCUGAAAUAUUCUGGGCAGUUACCUAAUUUUCUGGUCGUCUGGCUACUAACGAUUUUUGAUAAAAAAAAACCUCAAUUUAAAUAAAUGAAUCCACGGAAUUUUCAAAACGCUGAAAAUGGGUGUAACCAUUUUGUGCAAGAUUUACUGGGAAAAUGUAAGACCUUCCUAAAGAAAUGGCGUAAUUCAGCACCCAACUUCUAUGCUCUUCAAUCGAUUGAUAUGAGACCCUACUCAUUCGUGCACAACUUAGACCCAGCAGUUCGAGAGGGUUCGCUUAAAAAUGCUGACGACGUGCUCUUUGAUAUGUUCAAAAACGAUGAUACGGGACUACUACCUGUGGGAAAGUUUUUGGCCGCCUUAAGGACAACGGGUAUAAGAAAAAAUGAUCCUCGCGUUAAAGAAGUCAUGCAUAAUUUAUACAAAGUUCACAAAGAAUCAAAUUUUGAAGGUGGAUCGCCGGAAACUCUAAAACUAGACAGGAAGACGUUUAAAGAAGUUAUAGCACCAAAUAUAGUUUUAGUCACAAGGGCAUUCCGCAGUCAAUUCGUCAUCCCAGAUUUCCAAGAUUUCAUCAAAGACAUUGAAGAGAUGUAUUGGACAGCCAAAAGCAUCACAGAUGGUAAAGUGGCCAGUUACAUUCCACAACUAGCGAGGGCCAAUCAAGAUAACUGGGGUGUCAGUGUGUGCACCAUCGAUGGGCAAAGAUUCUCUAUCGGUGAUGUCAACGUGCCAUUUACUCUCCAGUCAUGCAGCAAACCCUUGACUUACGCGAUGGCACUCGAGACUUUGGGACCCGAAGUGGUGCACCAAUAUGUUGGCACGGAGCCAAGCGGGCGUAACUUCAAUGAACUCGUCUUAGAUUAUAAUAUGAAGCCUCAUAAUCCUAUGAUUAACGCGGGGGCAAUAUUAGUGUGCUCAUUAUUGAAGACCUUGGACAAACCGGAGAUGACUUUAGCUGAAAAGUUCGAUUACGUUAUGUCCUUCUUCAGUCGUCUCGCCGGCAAUGAAGUGUUAGGUUUCAACAAUGCUGUAUUUUUGUCGGAACGCGAGGCUGCCGAUCGGAACUACGCACUGGGUUUUUACAUGCGCGAACAUAAAUGUUAUCCGGAGAAGACGAAUUUCCGAGAAUGUAUGGACUUUUAUUUUCAGUGCUGUUCAAUGGAGGCGAAUUGCGAUAUAAUGUCAAUAAUGGCCGCAACUCUGGCUAACGGUGGUAUAUGCCCCAUCACUGAUGAAAAAACCCUACGACCCGAUUCAGUGCGGAACGUGUUGUCCUUGAUGCAUAGCUGUGGGAUGUACGACUAUUCCGGACAGUUUGCCUUCAAGGUCGGCCUUCCAGCCAAGUCAGGAGUGUCUGGAGCCAUGCUCAUUGUUGUUCCAAAUGUUAUGGGUAUAUGCACAUGGUCUCCACCUCUCGAUCCCCUGGGUAAUAGUUGCAGAGGCUUGCAGUUUUGUGAGGAAUUAAUCAAGCGAUUCAAUUUCCAUAAAUAUGACAAUAUCCGUUACGCGAGCCACAAAAAGGAUCCACGUCGUUACAAAUUCGAAUCCACCGGACUAAGUAUUGUAAACUUGCUGUUUUCAGCAGCGAGCGGUGAUCUGAGUGCUUUACGAAGGCACCAUUUAUCUGGCAUGGACAUGACCCUUUCGGAUUACGACGGCCGCACAGCCUUGCAUCUGGCAGCAGCUGAAGGGCAUCUUGCAUGCGUGGACUUCUUACUAGCACAGUGCUGCGUACCCCACGACCCGCAAGACAGAUGGGGGAGCCGACCGCUCAACGAAGCAGAGACAUUCAACCACGCUUCCGUUGUCCAGUAUUUAAAAGAAUGGGAACAGACACAUCCAGUGAGCAAACCAGUAGAGAAAUCCAACACUGUCGAUGAAAUGCUCGUCGUAAAACCAGAUGCAGACGACGCGGUCAAAGAUCCCAGCAUACAAGAAAUAGUAUCCAGAAAUGGUGACAAUAAAGUGCAAUAAACAAGGAUGAAACAAAGAAUUUGAAAUAUGCUGUAUCUAAUUAUUGUUAAACUACAGAAUUAUUACAAAUACUUUUUAUAAAUUAAGUUCUACCGCGUAGAUAACGUGGUGCAUAAUGUUGAGGAAACAGGGCUGGUACGUUGUUAAAGUCGUACAAAGUUAUAACUUCUUACUGAGAGGGAACACUAAUUACUGAGAAUCGCAGAAGAGUAGGAAAUAUAUAAAAGGCAGGGGCGACCAUAGAAUUUGUAGGUAGCAUGAUGGAUCACGUAAAACGUUCGAUUCCCGAAUCGGAAUAAUUGUGGUCCGGGGUAGUACCUGCUAUUGCUCUGCUUAUUUCUGCCGCUAAGCAGCGGAUGUUGCAGACUCGGUUCGGACACCAAAGACCGCCCCUGCCUAAAAGUGCGGAAGUGCAAAAAACGUAAACAAUCUUAACUGUUUUAUUGGAAUAUGCACUCAAUUUUAUUUUAAAUAUACGAUUGUAAAGUAUUGUUAUUCAAAGUUAAGAAAGCAUCCGUAUGUAUACCUAUUUCACUUAUCAGUAUUUUUUUAGUGCAUAUUUACCUUAAACGAAGACAUCUCAGGAUUGUUUGUUAAAUACAUAACUAAACGGAUAGAGUACCUAUUUACAAGUAAAUUAUUAAAGUUAAAUCUAUGAGUAAUGCACUAAACUUAAAAUAUCUCUACUAAAGGUGUAAAGUAGCUACCUACCUUACUUAUAUAAUAAACGGAAGCUAUAUAUAAGAAAUAUUAAAUCUAUCAAAGAAUCUCAGAGGAAUCAAGUAGGUAACUCUUAAAAAAUAUUCUUUCAUCGUUAGCACAACCCGGUUUCAAUUGUUUAGAGGCUGUGAUGUAGGUAGGUAUAAUUAAAUACGUACCUGGGUACUAUUUAAGUUUCACUAAUAUGAUUUUAGUUUUUCUGCGGUUUUUACUUUCGUUUUCAAAAUAAUCCUAAUAACGUACCUACCAACCUAUAAUUAGUCGUUACCACGUCAGACAGUUAUAUUUUUAUACCUACGUAUUUUUAGUUUUUAGUGUUUUUAGUUUUUACCUACGUAUUUUUGCUAGUGUUUUAUGUAGGUAAGUUUAGCGCAUCAUGAAGAUACGUCCUACAAAAACCGCAAAUUCGAGGCAAAAGUCUAGUAUCCUUCACAAAUCUAGUAUUCUUUCUGUAUUCUUAUACAUAUUUUUUUUACAUUCCAUAUACAUAAAUAAAGUAUUGUUACUUAUCUAAAGCUUGAUCUUAUUGUUAAACUAAGCAUAUUGCCAAAGAGGAAAAUAAAUGUAUUUAAUUGUGAAG